AUGUUUCCAUCUGUUCAAUUAAAAAAAACAAUAUUAUUGCGACUCUCCAAAAUUUUAUCCCUCUCAUCAGUAACAUCGAGAAAUAAAGCUCAAGAAUUAAUUAAAAAUGGAGACAUAAAGGUUAAUAACCAAGUUGUUAAUCAAAACGUUUUUAUAGAUGUAAAUUCCAAAAUUCAGGUUAAAGAUAAGCCCAUCCAAGUAGAUAUCUGUACUAAAUUAUGGGGGAUAUACAAACCGAAGCACAUUUUUUGUAAUACGGAGAAGGAUUAUACUUAUGAAGAAAAAAUACAUUUCAAUAAAAUGAUAGAGGAAAAGAAAUUGUUAGAUAGACAUAACAAUAAUGAUAAUAAUAAUCUCUUAUGUGUAAAUAACAAUAAUUUGAAUAAAGAAGAAAAUUACAAAAUAUUGUCGUCAUCUAAUAAAAUGAAACAUAUAAAUAGAGAUAAUAAUUUAUUAAAUGUUAAUAGUUAUAAAUAUAAUUAUUUAGUAGAAAAGGGACAAAAGAAUAAAGAAAGAAAUUUUUUUUUAUCCGAAUUACCAAAAGAACGAUCUACUUGUAAACAUACCAAUAUUAUUACAUAUAACAAAUUAAAUAUGAAUAUAUAUGAUUAUAUAAAAAAACAAAAUAUGUUAUAUGAAAAAAAAAAUCAUGUAACAAAUUAUAUUCCUGAACAUUUAAUAAUUAUUAAUAGUUUAAAUUCAGGUAGUGAAGGUUUAUUAUUAUUAACCAAUGAUGGUGAUUUUGCAAAAAAUUUAAAAGAUAUACAAAAUAAUAUUUUAACAACAUAUUUAAUAAAAGUACAAGAGGAUUUAUGUAUAGAUAAAAUAAAAUUAUUACGUAAAGGUUGUUUUAUAAAUAAUCAACAUAUAUAUCCUGUUAAUAUAGAAAUCAUUAAAUCUAAACAUACUUCUAAAUGGAUUAAAUUUACAUAUGUUGAAAAAUCACACAAUUAUUUAUUAUACUUAUUUUCUAAAUAUAAUAUAACCAUAAGAAAAUGUAAAAGAUUUUCUUUUGGUCCUUAUAAAUAUACAGAUAUAAAUACACAAUUCUUAAUGCCUCUCAAAAUACAUUCGACUAUUAAUCAUUUCAUAACAACACAUAAUUCAAAACUAAUAUUAUCCCAUCCUAAAGGAAAUAUAACAAAACAACAAAAUCAAAACAAAUUCUUAUAUAUAAAUGACUAUUUAAAAAAUUCAAUUAUUCAUGACUCGCAAGAUAUUACAAAGUGA